AUGGGAUCCCAGGAUCUUCCGUUCAGAGUAGCUAUUGUCGGCGGUGGUAUUGGAGGCUUGUGUGCUGCUCUAUCACUGCAUCACCACUGUGCUGGUGAAGGCAUCAAAAUUGAUGUCUAUGAGCAAGCACCACAGUAUAAAGAAAUUGGUGCUGGUAUCGGCAUUGGUGUCAAUGCAGCAAGAUUGCUUCAUUCUAUCGGCAUUGGGGAUGCCGUGAACCGCAUUGCUGGCAACCGACAGGGUAUCUGGAUAUCUUUUCGUCGGUAUGAUACUGGAGCAGACAUCGUGACAGUACCGGUCAAUGACCGUGAGAAAAUUCGCCAAUGCCCGGUCCAUCGUGCAGAAUUCUUGGAUCUCCUAGUUGACACGAUUAAAGCUCGAGAAGCUGCGACCUUGCAUACCAACAAGUCUUGUAUCAGUGUUACCGACGAAGGCGAGACCGUCACCUUGAAUUUUCGGGAUGGCAGCACUUCCACAGUUGAUUUGGUUGUUGGCUGUGACGGAAUCCAUUCAAACCUUCGAGCACAAUUCAGCUCAGAUAAUCCUCGUUAUGGGGGAAGAAUCGCAUAUCGGGGCCUGGUCCCAAUCAGCAAGCUCGAAUCGAAUUGGCCAUUUCCAACCUAUUCCGUCAGCUGGUUGGGGAAUGAUAAACAUUUCUUGGUGUUUCCAAUCAGUAACAACAGGCUUUUGAACAUUGUCGCCUUUGUCGCAAUGGAAGAAGAGAAGCUGGGCGGACUAAAGGAGAGCUGGACCGCCACUGGGGAGAAGAAUGAUCUGGCAAAGGACUUUGAGGACUUUGAUCAAACUGUCCGAGAGGUGAUCUCUCAUAUGCCUGAGCAUCCCUCAAAAUGGGUCUUGAAUGACAGGGAACCUUUGCCGCAGUGGGUAUUUGCUCGGGGUAAGGUUGUCCUCAUGGGUGAUGCCGCUCACGCUAUGCUUCCUCAUCAAGGCGCAGGAGCAGGGCAAGCCAUCGAAGAUGGGUACAUUCUCGGUCGAGCACUGCGAGACUAUCUCAGCUCUCGCAGUCACAAGGGCGAGGGUCUUGAAAGAUGGAUGCAGUUGUAUCAGAAUGUCCGUCUUCCGCGGGCGCAGAGAGCUCAAGCCACAGCAAGACAAGCAGGUCAAGUAUAUGAGAUGCAGACGGAGGAGAUGCUGGGGAAGUCGUAUGAGGAGUGUCUGCCAAUCGUACGCGAUAGCUUGAAGGACCGAAUGAAAUGGGUAUGGACUGAGGAUAUUGACCUGGGAUACAAUAAGGCCCCUCCAAAGAAGCGCAAACGAGUCGCGAUUGCGUGCCCCGAGUGUCGAUUACGAAAGACAAAGUGUGAUCACAUUGUGUCCAGACAGGUUGAUGAUGAUAUGCUCAAGGGAAUACCAAAGAGUUCGCAAGCCUACAUUCGUUCUCUGGAGCAAAGGCUUAGGAAGUUCGAGGAGCAGGAAACACGGGCUCAUGGCAAACCAGAUGAACCAGCGUCCCUGGCCCACCACUCACGGAGGAGCCAGGCGUAUUCUUCUCCACCGCCUCUUGUUCAACAGCGACAAUCUAUCCUGAUAUCCGCCAACCCUGAGAUAUUUAUGGGGGGAUACUCGGGCAUCUCGUUCACCCAGCUGAUUCUAAAUGCUAUGAAUGGCGCAGAUUCAAACAAGCUGGAGGCACAGUCUCUGUCAUCUCCACGCGACCCUCCAUGCUUCUCCACGCCCUCGGACCUUUUCGCUCUUCCACCUAAUUGUCGCGAGUUGAUCGAUCUGUUUUUUGACUUUCAUUAUGAGCUGUCGCCCAUAUUUCAUGCACCUACCCUCCUUGUGAAGAUCGACCGACUCAUUGCCGGUGACGCAACUUACCGGUCCGAACACAGAUACAUCCUGGCAAUCAUGAACAUGCUUUUGGCCAUAGCCGCUUCCCACCAGCGACACAGGACGGAAUCGUCGGCCUCUAGUACAAGGGGUUAUUACGACGUAGCAAUGGCCCUUGUCGGUCCUACCCUCCUAUUUGACUGGAAAAUCGAGAAGGUCCAAAUCCUUUUGCUAGGUGCCAGGUAUCUUCAAAGUUCAAGUUCUCCUUCAGAGUGCUGGAAUGUACUUGGUCUGGCGAUUAGGAUUGCAUACGGCCUUGAGCUUCAUCGGGCACCCGGAGAGGAGUUCGAUUGUAUCAUGCGAGAAACACGAAAACGCGUGUGGUACGCCUGUUAUGGUCUAGACCAGUUGCUGAGUAUGAUCUAUGGUAGACCAGCAGCGACCUCAUCUUCAACAUUUGAUACCCCACUUCCAGAAGAUUUGGACGACGAUUGUAUCCAAAAAAGCAGACUACUUUUCCCCAGUCUUGAGGCUCCGUCGACAAUGUCGUUUUCAAUCCAAGUGUCCAAGCUGUAUCGAUUACUUGAGUCUGCCGCGUCCUUUGCCGACCCCCCUCUGGAAACUCUGGUGCAGCUGGAUGAAGCCUUUGAGUCGUGGUAUGCUGGCGUUCCCCCAAAUCUCAAAGUCCGGGGCAAUAUGACCGUGCAAGACGACAAGUGUCUUAUCCUAGCUCUCCGAGCAAAUAUGGUUAGGAUCCUCAUUCAUCGACAGUCCCUCGCCUCCACACUCAGUCUCCUGUCCAAAACCGAGCAAGCAUGGAAACAUCCUGAGACUCUCAAAAGCAGUAUGCUUCAAAACAGUCGACGAAUCUGUGUCCAGACAGCCGAGGAAACGAUCGAUUUGGUUGGUCUUCGAUAUGACCAGACUAAACAUGCUCUUGGGCCGAGCUGGUUCAACCUCUAUUAUCUAUUCAACGCAAUAUUAAUUGUUGUAUCACAUGUCGUGGAUCCAGAAUAUCGAAACGACAAAAGAGCACUUUCCCAACUAGACCGUGCAAUGCAAAUGAUCAGGCAGAUGUCCACAAACCACCAAUGUGCACAACGCGCUUACACUUUCCUCCAGCAACUUCUCAGCUUCAUGGACAGGUCCUUGCUCGUUGAGGGACGACGCGGCGUAAGCUCCUCGAGACCACAAACCGGAACUGUCUCAUCUCCUCUUCUAGAGGGCUCGACCAACAACGACGGUGGCUAUGACGACCUGGUGCACCCGGACCUUUUUGCAUUUUGGGACAUCACCCAAGAUCUGACCACCAACCUAGGGACUCAGCUCGAGUCUUACUCUUCUUUAGGGUGCGGAAUGUGGUCAUGGGAUGUCAACGCUCAACAUGACAUCGCGCAAUGA